GGCGCCACGUCAGGAGCUUUUGCGUUUUUCGUCUCAAAACCUGAUUGACAACUACCGUCUCCUUUAUCUCCUCCUCCUAAUCUUUUUAUUUUACGAUUCAUUUUGAAUGAAACUUUUAUGUCGUACCUCACUGAGAGCCCUCAAACUUCUAAUAAUCGACCAUUCGCCACGGAAGUCAUGUAUAUGCUAUUUAGCCGGCUAGCCUAGCAAGCUAGCAGCUGUCAUGUUGCUCAACGUUAGCACGUCAACUUGACAAAAGAAAAACAAAAAGCCAAAACUCACCCGACGACAUUCAUUCAUUCAUUCGUUCAUUCAGUGCCGAAGUUACGCCAAGAUGAGGAGACUAAACAAAAAGAAAGCCUUAACGCUGGUCAGGGAGCUGGACGCCUUCCCAAAAGUCCCCGAGAGCUACGUGGAGUCGUCAGCCAGCGGGGGCACAGUGUCUCUGAUUGCGUUCAGCGCCAUGGCAGUGCUCGCCUUCUUGGAAUUUUUUGUCUACAGGGACACCUGGAUGAAAUACGAGUACGAGGUAGAUAAAGACUUCAGCAGCAAACUGAGGAUAAACAUCGACAUCACUGUAGCCAUGAGAUGCCAGCACAUAGGUGCAGAUGUUCUGGAUCUGGCAGAGACCAUGGUUGCUUCUGAUGGCCUUAAAUAUGAGCCGGUCAACUUCGAGCUGUCGCCACAGCAAAAAAUAUGGCACAUGACUCUUCUUCACAUCCAGGAGCGUCUGCGAGUGGAGCACUCUCUGCAGGACUUGAUCUUCAAGACUGCCAUGAAAGGAUCUCCACCUGCGCAGUCCAGAAGUAUGGACAGCAGCACGUCUCUGACCGCCUGCCGCAUUCACGGACAUUUGUACGUCAACAAGGUGGCCGGAAACUUCCACAUCACAGUUGGAAAGUCCAUCCCUCAUCCACGAGGCCACGCCCACCUAGCGGCUCUCGUCAGCCAUGACAGUUUUAACUUUUCCCACCGCGUCGACCACUUAUCGUUCGGAGAAGACAUCCCGGGCGUCAUCAGCACCUUGGACGGCACAGAAAAAGUCACCACCGACUCCAACCACAUGUUUCAGUACUUCAUCACCAUCGUCCCCACCAAACUAAACACGUACAAGGUGGCAGCCGACACGCAUCAGUACUCCGUCACUGAGAGGGAACGCGCCAUCAACCACGCAGCGGGCAGCCACGGCAUCUCGGGGAUCUUCAUGAAGUACGACAUCAGCUCCCUGAUGGUGAAAGUGAGCGAGCAGCACAUGCCGCUCUGGAAGUUUCUGGUGCGUCUGUGUGGCAUCGUCGGAGGCAUCUUCUCCACCACAGGGAUGGUGCACAGCGUGAUGGGCUUCUUCGUGGACGUGGUCUGCUGUCGCUUCCAAAUGGGAAUCUACAAACCUCUCAAGGGGGAAAAUCCUGUGAAACUGCAGCAGGCAAAGGAGGAAGUGGCGCCCCCUGCUGACACUAAUUUGACUCAGAUGGUCAGCUGACAUCUCAUCACUCAUGCCAACACAGCCGUUUGAACAUUUAUAGUUUUCGAUAACUCAGCCCGCUAGUGGAACAUCAAAUAAAUGCUCACAUGGCUGGAAAGACUUCUGUAAAAGUGUCCCUUAAAAAACAAAACAAACAAAAAAACAUUUUGACCUACUUUAUGUACCAGCUGGUAGAAAAGGAUCACGUUAAAGCCAAACAUUAAAUUGUAAUAAAUCGAAAAAAAUAAAAAGCCACACAGAAGGUGCCUAUGUGUAAAUGUUUAUUAAAUAAAAUCUCUCCACUCAA